ACGAAGCACCGAGUCCCUACCAGAGCUACCGGGAGGCAGUAGCGUUACAGAGCGAGUCCUCGCCGCCCGCCCCGGAGAAGCCAAACGGAGGAAGGUCCACUGUGAGAACGACGCGUUGAAAGCAAACUAUGCGAGCGCUGCUCCAUUAACCCGAGCUAUCGACGAGUGGACAAGAAGAGAACCGUUACCGUGAUUUACCGACAGAGACGGAGGACGGACGCACGGACUGGAUAGACCACCGCCGAGACCGAUUCUUGAGAAACAACCAACUGCGGAGUCUACAUCGUGUCGUUUUCUCGCCGUGGAUCGAACCGACUGGAUCCUUGUUUUAAAUGCUUUAACGGCGCCGUCUCCGGCUUGAGAGCGAGAGAGGGAGCUGCCCAGAGAGCUGAAGAAAGAGACAGAAGGAUCGAAAGGCGCACAGGGAGGAAAUAAACGGCACACUGAAAGGAUUUGCAACCAGCUUUGUUUCCUUUUUCGAGUGUCAUUGAAUCCACCUUUUAAUAGCUUUUUUUUCUCCCGUGGAUUCCUGUACCGGUAACGUUAUCAAGCUGUGUUCUCUAACCAUGGGAUGUACCCUGAGCGCAGAGGAGAGGGCGGCUCUGGACCGGAGCAAAGCCAUCGAGAAAAACCUCAAGGAGGACGGUCUCACCGCGGCCAAAGAUGUAAAACUGCUGCUGCUCGGGGCUGGAGAGUCAGGAAAAAGCACCAUCGUCAAACAGAUGAAAAUCAUCCAUGAGGACGGUUUCUCUGGCGACGACGUAAAGCAGUACAAGCCGGUCGUUUACAGCAACACCAUUCAAUCUCUGGCUGCCAUAGUCCGUGCCAUGGACACACUGGGCCUGGAGUAUGGAGACAAAGAACGAAAGGCUGAUGCGAAGAUGGUGUGUGAUGUGGUCAGCCGCAUGGAGGACACGGAGCCUUACUCUGCCGAGCUGCUGUCCGCCAUGAUGCGCCUGUGGUCCGACUCGGGCAUCCAGGAGUGCUUCAGCCGUGCCCGAGAAUACCAGCUCAAUGAUUCAGCACAGUACUAUCUAGACAGCCUAGAUCGUAUUGGUGCAGCAGACUACCAGCCAACAGAGCAGGACAUACUGAGGACCCGAGUCAAGACCACAGGCAUCGUUGAGACACACUUCACCUUCAAGAACCUCCACUUUAGGCUGUUUGAUGUGGGAGGUCAGCGGUCGGAGAGGAAAAAGUGGAUCCACUGUUUCGAGGACGUCACGGCCAUCAUCUUCUGUGUGGCACUUAGUGGAUAUGACCAGGUGCUGCAUGAAGAUGAGACCACGAAUCGCAUGCAUGAGUCUCUGAAGCUCUUUGAUUCCAUCUGCAACAACAAGUGGUUUAGGGAAACCUCCAUCAUCCUUUUCCUCAACAAAAAAGAUCUCUUUGAAAAGAAGAUCCCCAAGUCACCAUUGUCUGUCUGCUUCCCUGAAUACACUGGUCCAGACACUUACCUGGAAGGGAUUGCCUACAUCAAGUCUCAAUACGAGACUAAGAACAAGUCACUCACCAAGGAGGUCUACUCCCACGUGACCUGCGCCACAGAUACCAACAACAUCCAGUUUGUCUUUGAUGCAGUCACUGAUGUCAUCAUAGCGAAUAACCUUCGGGGCUGUGGCCUGUUAUUCUGAUGAUACUGUUAAGUGUGUGUGUGUGUGUGUGUGUGUGUGUGUGUGUGUGUGUGUGUGUGUGUGUGUGUGUGUGUGUGUGUGUGUGUGUGUGUGUGUGUGUGUGUGUGUGUGUGUGUGUGUGUUUUCGUUGUUUUUUUUUGGUUGGCGGGCCAUUUUCAAAUUAAUUUUUUAAUUAGUUAAGUUAAGUUAAUUAGUUAUUAAGUUUUUAAAUGCAGCCGCAAAUUCCCAUAGUGUUUAAACUUCCAUAUAUUUAGGGAUACAUCUUAUAGCAAUAUAACAAAAACUGAUAUAGUGAUGGUCGUUCAUCCACCCAGAAACCUUCCAGAUAUUUUGAAUUGAGGUCUGAGUUACCACGUUUCAGGUUAAUUUCACGUUUGGAUUAGGUGUUGGUAAGAAAACACUGAAACAACUGCAUGUAAUGCGACAUACUUGCAGCCUGGUUGUUAAGGUGCCUGCUUUACAACCACAGCUCCUCCUUUUAUUAGGCUGAGGGCCUUGUAGUUUAUUCUAUUUAGUUUUCUGCUGUCGAUUCCACAUUGUUGUAUAGUGAACACUGCACUCUACAGUACAGCGUCUAUCAACAUUUUUGCACUUAAUGCUAUACAUUUUGAAUUGAAUGGUGAUUUGCAGAGAGAUAACCUUAAAAUAAAAAUCAUUAUUAAGUCAUUAUUAUUAAAUGUUUUAAUUUCUACAGUAAUAGUUUUACUUAAAGCAAUAUUUAUUUCAAAUCAGGUGCUCAUGCUCUAACAAUGACUUCAUGCAAGUAGUUGAUGAUGACACUGUUAGAGGGAGAUUCACUGAGAGAUUCAUUUGGAAAAGUUAGCUCAAAAUGUCAUAUCUCGAUUUAAUUAUGGUCAUUUUGGACUUCCAUGUAUAUACGUGUGAUGCCUUUGUUAAUCAGAUUUGACAGCAACCAGUUGUCAACACACUUUGAAAACCUGUCCUAAACCUAAAGCCCAGAAUUCGUACUGUACUGUACCUGUAGGUAGCAUCCAAAAUUAUUUCAUGCACCAACAAUAACUAGCAGAUUUCAAAAAUAUAUUUAUUUAAUUUUGUUAUUUAAGUACAAUGUUGUCUUAUUAUAAGUCAUUUAGUAAAACACUUUUAUAAAUGAGUGUUUCCAGUCAACUGUGUCAGUAGACGCAGUAGACUAUGACUAAAAUUGUACUUUUGAAAAAGCUCUGUAUAUUUUCUGCUGUUUCCCUGUCAUACAGUACAUUUACUGUAUACCCCCCAUUAAUUUAUAGCAAAGGAUGUUGUUACAGUGUUUCUGCUAGUACUCUGCAGACUGUUACCUCUUCUCAUAUUAUGAGAUUGAUUUUUCAGGCUCUUGUGUUGGAGCUUGCAUGGAUCCACUAAAAACUCUCUUUAAACGGAGAUCUACAAAAGCUAGUGUAAUGACUCGGCAGACAAUUUCUAGGUUAUGCUUUAGUAGAGCUUGACUUCAUAGGGCCCAGGGGCCACAUCCAUUUUGUGGGGCUGCUCAGUGGCCUGUCCCUGUUCACUACUCUGCUUUAAUAGGCCAGAGGUGAGCUUGUGAGAUUGUGGGCCGGUGAACACACAUAGUCCUCUGGGACUAUAAUGUCAACCUUGUGUGACUAUUGUUUGUAGCCCUGAUGUUUUGCUUUGUACUGAAUGAUUUUCAUUUCUGCCAGCUUGCGGUCAUCCCAAAGGCACUGUAUGACUGAAGUCUGGUGUAGCGUGCAGCUGAUGUUAAGGAUGACGUGUGCUUUCUGUGGCAACAGUUCAAAUUGAAGCUUUGGCAUUAAAGUCAAAGAUACAUUCAUAAUACCAGGAAAAUGUCAUCAGCUCUCUUCAGAAGCAAUGGUUAAUAGCAUCAUAUAGAGGCUGAACUGUUUGUCUGAUUCACUUGAAUUGCUACAGCAGAGUGUGUUUACUGCUUUAUUGGCGUGAGUGCUCCCUGACAAGCAGAGGGAGAGAGCUCCUUUAUUUAUUUAUGUCCAGGACAUUGGCUUUAUUCCACUCUCCCCACUCAACCCUCAAACAGCAAGGGCGUGUCUUCUCAAUCUGCUCCCAGCUACCACUUUUUAAAAACAGGUAGAUGACAUCACUAGCUCUUCCUACCGCAUCUGUGCCAACUUUUCCUAAUUAGAGACAGAGAGCGCCAGAGGCUGUUGAUCAGCCUGCUUAGUGUGUGCGUGUCCGUGCACGCGGGCGUGAGUGUGCGCUUAUGAAUUUUAUAUAGCUAUUACUUGUGUGUCUGUUAAAAGUACAAGAAAGGUCAGCGUGCGUGCGUGCGUGCGUGCGUGCGUGCGUGCGUGCGUGCGUGCGUGCGUGCGUGCGUGCGUGCGUGCGUGCGUGCGUGCGCUCAUGAAUAUUAGCCCAUGGGUGUUAUUGUAGAGCCAGUGUCUGUGGACUAAUUACCCAGAAGUCACCUGUCUACCUUUUCCUCACACACAGGCCCAUGACACACACGCAUACACACACAUACACACGCGCACACACACAUCAAAGACACAGAUGUAACCAUGGGACUUCACGAUGUCGCAACAUUAGCUUGUGCCAAAUAAUAAUGUACAGUACUACCACAGCAAGCAAAAGGUCUCUGCUAUUUUUUCCUGCUCUCACUUUAGCUGAAACCAUUCAUGUUCUACUCUGUGUUACAGUUUUACAGUCAUGAUGUUAAAUUAAAGUAAUCAGUGUGAUAAUUCAUGCGUUUGGAGAUAAAACAAUAAAAACAAAAGUGUUGAAAUGACCCAACUGAUUGAUUGUGCAUAGAGCAUUUGUGUUUAAAAUUAAAAUGGCUUUACCUUGUUUGUAAAAUUUAUACACCAAACAAAUGUUUCUGGACUACAAUACACAACUUUCUAAUUCUGUGCUGCUGUUGUGUAAUAAAAUUAUAGUAUUUCCUUGCAACUGUAUGGCCCAUUACUGUAAAUUAGUGGUUCAGUUUAGCACGCUCAUUGAAUGCAUAGAUAAAACCUUGUUUAAACUGUU